GUUGUAGAGGAGCCCGGGCAGAUUUCCAGUUCGCAGGAGAGGGUCCUCGAGGGUAGCGGCGCCUCGUGGCCUAUCCAGUUUUGGGCCAGUGGAGCGACCUACCCAGGAGGAAUCAGGCUCGUGAGGGCUCUACAGGACCAGCCAGCCGCGGUUGGGCACAGGGCUGCCCAAAGGCGCCGCUUCUUGCUUGUCUGUAACAUAUGGGCUUUGGCUGAGAGCAGCUCUAACGAUCUGCGCCAGGAUUCCUGAGCUCUAAGGUACAGCCGAAAUGGGUGAGCCCCAGGGGUCCACGCGGAUCCUAGUGACAGGGGGCUCUGGACUGGUGGGCAGAGCCAUCCAGAAGGUGAUAGCAGAUGGGGCUGGCCUUCCUGGAGAGGACUGGGUAUUUGUCUCCUCCAAGGAUGCUGAUCUCACAGAUGCGGCACAGACCCGAGCCCUGUUUGAAAAGGUCCGACCCACGCACGUCAUUCAUCUUGCUGCAAUGGUGGGGGGUCUGUUCCGGAACAUCAAGUACAAUUUGGACUUCUGGAGAAAAAAUGUGCACAUCAACGACAAUGUUCUGCAUUCGGCCUUUGAGGUGGGCGCCUGCAAGGUGGUAUCCUGCCUGUCCACUUGUAUCUUUCCUGACAAAACUACCUAUCCUAUUGAUGAGACCAUGAUUCACAACGGACCACCCCACAGCAGCAAUUUUGGAUAUUCAUAUGCCAAGAGGAUGAUCGAUGUGCAGAAUAGGGCCUACUUCCAGCAGCACGGCUGCACCUUCACUGCUGUCAUCCCCACCAACGUCUUCGGGCCCCAUGAUAACUUCAACAUCGAGGACGGCCAUGUGCUGCCUGGCCUCAUCCACAAGGUGCACCUGGCCAAGAGCAGCAGCUCAGCCCUGAUGGUGUGGGGUACAGGGAAGCCACGGAGGCAGUUCAUAUACUCACUGGACCUGGCCCAGCUCUUUAUUUGGGUCUUGCGGGAGUACAAUGAGGUGGAGCCCAUCAUCCUUUCAGUGGGUGAGGAAGAUGAGGUCUCUAUCAAGGAGGCAGCUGAGGCAGUGGUGGAGGCCAUGGACUUCCAUGGGGAAGUUACUUUUGAUACAACCAAGUCAGAUGGGCAGUUUAAGAAGACAGCCAGUAACAGCAAGCUGCGUGCCUACCUGCCCGACUUCCGCUUCACACCCUUCAAGCAGGCUGUGAAGGAGACCUGUACUUGGUUCACUGACAACUAUGAGCAAGCCCGGAAGUGAAGCCGGAUGGUGGGACAAGUGCCAGCGAGUGCUCAGCUAACAGAGCCCAUUGGCUACUACCCUCAGACCCUGCCAGGAGCUGAGGACACUGCCCAGCAACCUGGGCCCAUGUUCCACCCCACUCUGAGACUCCAGGCAGCUGUCCAGUGCGGCCUUGUUCAUAUCUGUCCUCAGGGAAACCAAGGCCUGGGCAGGCUCAGCAUUUUGCUCUGCCACACCCAUCCCCAGUCCUGAUCGUGUCCACUCUUAUCCUGCUCUCUCACUCCCUGGGAGCCAAUAAAGUGCAUUUUUACAGGCCUG